AUGGAAAAAGCCACCAAGAGCAAUUCAAAAAAAAGGUUAACUGAAGAAAGCGAAGAAAUGAGUUCUGACAAGGUGGAAGUUUCCUCCACAAAACCUGAACUAAAGAAAGUUAAAACCACCACUUCUGUGCCAGUUAAUACUAAAAUGCCCGAAAAAUUGGAGUUUCAAAAACCUUCAGGAACUAUUACGUUCGCGUCAUGGAAUGUUGGCGGCUUGAAAGCAGCUUUAAAAAAGGGAUAUCAUACAUAUGUAGAAGCCGAAGACGCAGAUAUUUUAUGUCUUCAAGAAACGAAAGUCAAUGAAAAAGAAUUUAAUGCCAUUGACACCAAAAAAUAUAAAUAUCAUUGGUGGGGUUUUGAAGAAAAAAAAGGAUAUGGUGGAAUCGCAGUGUUCUCAAAGAUCGAACCGGUUUCUGUUGCUUUUGGUCUUUCUACACAUCCUACACCUGAGAUCACUAAAGGUCGCGUAAUUACAUUGGAGUUCAAGACAUUGUAUUAUGUAGCUGUUUAUGUGCCAAACGCGGGAGAAAAACUUGUUAGAUUAAAAGAGCGAGUUACUUGGGAUGAAGCUAUGGAACGAUAUUUAAGGCAGCUUGAUGAAAAGAAGCCAGUCAUUUGGGCAGGGGAUAUGAAUGUUGCCCACAAAGAAAUUGAUUUGGCGCGUCCAAAAACUAAUCAAAGAACUGCUGGAUUUACAAUUGAAGAACGAUCCGGAUUUGACAAAAUUUUGAAUGGAGGAAAUAACUGCCGCGCUAAAGGGAUUGGAUGGCGUUUAGAUUAUCACAUCGUAAGCAAAAGAUUGUUAGAUAGAGUGAUCGAGAGUGAAAUUAGAGGUGAAUGUUAUGGGGCUAGUGAUCAUGUGCCAAUAGUUUUAGUUCUCAGUGGCGAAUUGAUCUAA